AUCUCAUGUCCCGUAGAUAACACAGUGGAGAGUUUAUAAGGCGGUAGCCGAGGGGUAAUGGCUCUCAGUAGAAGGCGGCGACGAAGGGCAGAGACUGUGUUAGGAGGGAGACAUCACCAAGAGGCGCAACACGAGUAAAGAGAACAUACAACAAUAAUAAAAUUGGCCUUAAAAGACUGCACACAAAUAGAAAAACCUUAAAUGACAAGUAAAUAGUUCACACAUCAAAAUAAAGUAUGGAAUGAAUAAUAGGGAAGAAUACUGAACUAAACUUAAUACACUGAACUCUACAAUAAACCCUAAACUGAAGACAAAAUCCCAAAACGAAACGUCAAACACUGAAUCUCAGCCUGAACGCAAACGACCCGAGAAACUGUAGAGAACGCCAAUUAAAACCACGCAUCAAUCAGGAAGAGGAACCCCACGUAAACAAAAUGAGCAAAAUGAGUGUAUUCGGUGCUAAGGCCGGGGCGCUGACGCUAAUGGCCGUCGUGUCGCUUCUCGUGUCCCUCCUGCCUCUGUACAUCCGCAAGAAACUCCUGAGCAGGAUUCACGGCGACAAGAGCCAGGCAAUACUCAGUGGGUGUCUGUGCUUCGGUGGCGGAGUACUCAUGGCCACAGUCUUCCUACACCUUCUGCCGGAGACGGAGGAGAACUAUGAAUACGCCAUGGAUGCCGGGUACAUGAGGAGGAUCUCCUACCCCAUAGCGCAGCUGAUUCUCUGCUCCGGGUUUUUCUUCGUGUAUCUGAUGGAGGAACUCAUCCACAGCUUUUUUGAUCCUGACCACCAGCAGUCUUCAACCAGUGGCAGUGGAGUUCUUGAUGGGUGCAAGAAUGAGACGUUUGAAGGUGAAGACUGUUGCCAAAGGCCCACAGAGAGUGAUAUCCAAAGGCACAAUGUUCACACUAUACCACACCACCACCAUGCUGGGAAUAUGAACAACAGCACGUCCGUGAUGGAGGCUGUGGUGGUGGUGGCGGCCCUCUCCUUCCACAGCAUCAUGGAAGGCCUGGCUAUCGGUCUCGAAGACAACAUCACAGACGUCUGGAUCCUCUUCGGUGGUGUUAGUGCUCAUAAGUUCAUCAUUGCAUUCAGCAUCUCCAUGGAACUACUGGAGGUCGGGUUGACAUUCUGGCCUUUCUUGGCCUCCAUGAUCACUUUCUCCUUGGCCUCUCCAAUCGGCGGCUUCAUAGGAUGUCUCGUGCUGUCUCUCUCAACUACAGAAACAGGAGCAAGCGUCCUCGUUCCCAACGUCCUGCAGUCAAUCGCUGGAGGCACGAUCUUGUAUGUGACCUUCUGUGAGGUUCUGGAGAGGGAACGAACCAAGAAUACCGGAGGCUGGUUACGGCUCUUGACUCUUGUACUGGGUUUCUGUGUGAUGGCAGGAUUGCAGUGCUUGGACAAAGAUGAAGAAAAAGAAUCGUGCGAUAUGACCACACCUGAAACCUUCAAAGCUGUGAUGGAUGAAACUACGUUUUGAGGGCCAGUUGCUCCUGAACCAUAGUAUCCCGAAGUUCUCAUGACAAUGAAGCUGAGAUGUAAUAGUUCGAACAAUAUUUCAAAGCAACCUGUGAUUCCCAAGACUGUUGUAAGAACAGUUUUUCAAUUAUUGUUUCACCUAUUGGUUGUUAAAGAAGGAAUUCAUAAAUUUAGACUUCGUAAAUAUUACGUAUAUCCUCGUGAACCUGCCACUUAGGCUCUGGAGUAAUGCAUACAGUCGAGACUUCUCAUACCAGGCUAUGGCAAGUGAUUCAUUCAGGGUUCUCAGUGUUGUUCGUGCUCAUAUUAACCCCUGACUCAUGGCUUCACGAUAAUGAAUUAAUAUGAAACAGGAGUGUGAAUUCUUUAGACAGUUUAAAUUUUAAUAACUAUUCUGAGAUUCUCCUUCCAUGUGACACUAGGGAAUACACAGCCAUCUUAGAGAGGGCAAAGCGGAGAACAGAGGAAAAUUCCCUGGAUAAAUAAAAAACCUUUCACAUACUGAUAGGCUGGGAACUGAAAAUAUCUUAACUGCUGGAGGAGUACUAGGCGUGGCAAAAAGUGACACACCUAUAAGGUUGGGAUUCGCUUAUAACUCCUCAAAUGAUUGAGGACAUAAUAGUUAUACGAAUGUUAAGAUCCAAAGAAAAAUAAACCAGGUAUCCUUGAGAGAUGAAGCCAGGAAGGAUCUCACACAUCAGACUCAUUGACUCUGUAGAAUUGAGCAGUUUUAUUGGGCUAUUAUGCAACAGGUUAGGUUAGGUUAGGUUUACUUGGACAUAACAGAUAUGACUACCAUGUUCUCUUUAGGGAAUCAAUUGGUCACCCAAUAUUUGAAGCAGUGAUGUCUGCCAAGAGAUUUUAAUUUAUUCAUGUCAACACCAAAGGUGUAGAUUUGCUGUAGUAAGGGACCUCUCUGAACACUUCAACACACACUGAAGUUCAGUUUUACAGCCUGAUGAUUACUUGACAGUUGAUGAAACUUGUAUGGGUGUGGGACUCGAAUAGGUUUCCGACAAUAUAACAAGAGCAAGACGGUCCGGUAUGGCCUUCUGUAUAAAUAUUUUAACGCUGUUAGAUACACCUUUACUUUCAGGACGAUAGUGUGUUAUGCCGAGGCACAAUUUAGUGUUAUAAUUUUUGUGAACUAGAUAUACUUUUUAUUUUCUUUUCCAAGCAGCAGUUAUUUUGGCAGGUUUUGGGAUAUUUUUUUUGUAUGUAUUGAUGUAUUACCUAUGUAAGAAAUUUCUAGAAUGUACUGCAUCAUUUUUGUUAUGAUUUACUUAUGUGUUGUAGGCCUAGAUCAUUCUAGAACUUUCCGGGCGUAUAUCGUUUCGACCUGCAACGCCUGGAUGGUGCUAGGAUGCUCUGGGCGUCUGAUGAGAGGUAUAUUAGCGCCAGCGAGCUGCUUCCAGGAAAAAACUCGCCAGUUUCUGCUCAGUGUCAAGUACAAACCUAGUGACGGCUAUAAAUAAUUGUUGUGCAAGUAUUGUGGAAUUGUCGUUAGCUAUAUAAAGUGAAAAGACUAAGGAAUUGUACACUGGUUCUGAACAGUUUUGUGAAGAUUUAGUGAUUAUUAAAGAAGCAUACAGGUCA